AUGGGUGAUGGCAGUGUUGUUCCAAGGUUCGGAAACAUGAAGGCUUUGCUUGGAUUAAUUGCUGGAGCUGGAGCUUCCUAUGGCCUGUAUAAACUUAUCAGCGGGCAACGUUUCAAGAAAAACAAGAAAAGCACCCCCAGUGAAAGUCCUGGUGUAAAAAGCAGCCAGCCGGACGAAGUUCAGCUCCAACCAGGCAGCCUGCUAGCCAGAGUGUCCGGGCUGAAUGUAAUCUGUCCCCAGUCAGGAGAUGCUGCAUCAGGCGGGAUCAUCCACCAGUCUCCUAGUAAUCUGGAGCCACAACACUUCAAGAUGUUGCUGUCAUGUCUGCAGGACUCUGAUGAUCCAACUCAGAGGUGUAGGGUUCUUCGUACAUUGGGAAAUGCUGCUGCUUUCACUGUAAAUCAGAAUCUAAUUCGGGAAUUGGAAGGGCUUCACAUCAUAGCUCAUUUCCUUUCUGAUCCUGCAGCAGAGGUUAGAGUGCAGACCCUGAAUGCUUUAAAUAAUUUGUGUAUGAACAUCCAAAACCAGGAACAAAUAAAGCUUUACGUGCCACAAGUGCUGGAACUGAUUGAAAUGUCCCCGGUGAAUUCAGACCUUCAGCUUGGUGCUCUGCGGCUGCUGACAAACCUUUCAGUCACAGACAAGCACCAGCAUUUACUGAAAGAAUCCAUUACACUUUUUCUGUCUCUUCUGGUUGUGAGCAGUGAAGCGCUGCAGGUUCAGACAUUGAGAGUCCUUGUGAAUUUGUCAUCUAAUCCAGAUAUGGUGGAUGAAAUAGUUCAAGCUCAGGCACCGGCUUCUGUUCUGCUGCUGUUUGACAAACGAACAGCCCCUGCCGUGCUGCUGCGACUGCUUACAUUUGUAGGGAACUUGAAGGCCUGGAGACCCUCUGAACAGGUGGCUGAUGAACUGCGGCAGAAACAGGACAGCCUCUUCAAGGUCAUGCUGGAUGAUUCUUCUCAGCUCAACAACAAACUUGUCCAGCUGCUUUCACAUCCUGACGGGGAGAUUCAGGCCCAAGUAGCUCGUAUUUUGACAUAGGACCUCCCCUUUGUGAUCUUCAUAAAAAACACUUCCCUCCACCCCAUUUUCCAUAGGCACCAACUUACCAAUGUGUUUAAGUUUUGAGUUAAACACCUUUUAAGAUUAAUCCUGUAGAAGUUCAGGCAACGUUGCCUCCUGUGGAUAUUCAGCAACAUCCUCCACAGGAUGAACAAUAAAAACUAACUCAGUUCUCCUCU